GUCUGGAUGUGUUGGAUUUUACAUAUGUGGGGACUUCAACAUUGGCAAAGCCUAUUUCAGAGGAAGUAAUGAAUUAAUCUCUCUUUUUCUUGCAUGAUCUCACAAUGACACUUUGAGAGGUAUACAAAAAGAAUAAAAUAAACCUUUAAUAAAGCAGCCAGUAAUAAAACCAUCUACUCUAAAACAACAUACAAAAAAUGGGGAUUAAAUAAAUAAAAUUUUAUUUAUUUGCCAUUCAAUUUGUCAUGUCUAUUGAUUGAUAAAUUAUAACUCUAGAAAGUUAUCCUGCUAAUGGGGAUUCAUUGAAUUGCUACUGAACUCUUUCAGAUUAACCAGAAUGAAUUGGCAGCAAGUAGCUCCUGGAGUCAUCCUUUUACUAGUCAAACUCACAGGGACAUCUCUAUUUUUUGUUUUUUUUCCACAGAUCUUUCCCAAGGGGAACAUCACUUCUAUCUCUACAGAAAAUUCUUCAGUGUGGCCCCCUUCUCCUGAACAGACCUCUUCCUUCUCUCCUUUGUAUCCUGCUACAGUCAGAACUCCUUUGAAGCAACCAAGGUGGGAACGAUUCAGAGGGCAUGAUUACUUGUUUUCUGAAGAGAAAAAUACGUGGCAGAUCAGCCAACUUGAGUGUGAAGACUGGACAUCAAAGCUUUUGAUCAUUGAUGACACAAAAGAACUGGAAUUUAUUAUUAACAAAACAGCAAUGGCUAAUUACUUCAUUGGACUCACAUAUUCAGAACCAAUAAAAAAAUGGAAGUGGAUUGAUCACAAAGACCACAACAUGAUCCUCUUUCCAAUUAAAGCAACAAUGGAUAAAGAAUGUGCUGCUAUCUUGGCAGGAAAUGUGAGUCCAGUAUCGUGUAAUGAUGAAUACAACUGGAUUUGUGAGAAGACCUAUAGUUAAGUGAUUGAAAGAAACCUCUGCAGGGCUGCCUAGGAGUGAAGACUGAGUAAACAGCAAACCUUAUUGAUUAAUAAAAGUU